AUGUAUAAAAUACGAAAAACGAAACUGUUGAGUAAAAACAACUGUUUGGAAAGAAGCAAGGUCUUAGAUGAUAACCGGGCUGAAUCGGCAGAAGUCGUUCGGAAGUCGAAACUGCUACUAUCGGCUACGAUUGGCAAACUUCCCAAUAAGGAUAUCAGAGACUACACAGAUCGAGAUUUGGACAGAUUGUAUGAGGAGUGGGAGGAGAACGACGAGGAUCAAUUGGAGGAAGACGAGCUACCUUUACACAAACAGAAGCCAAAAACCCCUAGCUUAGAUGAAGCUCUCAAAAAAGCUAACUCUCCAGAAGAUUUACUGAAGCUGACAAAGAAAGGUCAAUCUGUAAUGAUGUUUGUUAAUGUUGGGGACGUCGAUGGCAAGCCAGCAACUAAAGAGUAUACGGAAAAAUGGACUAAUAAUCGCGUUAUCUAUAUGUUUAUGGAUGGAUCGAAAGCGUGGGAAGCAAAAGAUUUCUUACUCCAACAACAGCAGGUGAGCGAAGUUACUUUAGAAGGCAAACAGUACGAUGGACCGGCAAAGAAAGUUACGGCAAAGACAGAACUGUAG